AUGUUCUUUCUUUCUUUCUUUCUUUAUUUCUUUAUUUCUUUCUUUCCUAAGUCUCUCUCUUUCUCUCUCUCUCACCUUUCAAGUCGUAUGAAGAUCUUCGUUUUUUUUAUGUUUCUUUCUCUUUAUAAUGUUUACCCUCUUUUUCUUUUUUCUUCUCCUCUUUUCCUUUUUUUUAUUACUUUCCUUUUCUAUUUACACUUUUCUUUCUUUGAUCUUUCUUGCUUACUUUCUUCUUUUCUUUUUUCUUUUCUUUUGUCUUCUUUUUCUUUUCUCUACUCUUUUUUUCUCUCUGAUAUUUUCUUUUUAGUUCUUUUUCUCUCUAUACUUUCUCUUCUUUUCCCCUUUUUUGUAUUCUUUUUAUUUUCUUUUUCCUCUUCUUUUCUCUUAUUUUUUGCCCUUUUCUUUCUUUUUCGUUUCUUUCUUUUUUCUUCUUGUAUUUUUUAUUUUUUUCUACUCACCAUCUUUCUUUCUUUCUUUUUUUUUGUCGUUUUCUUUCUUUUUGUCUUUUUCUUUUUCUCUCUGAUUUCCCUUUUUCUUUCUUUCUUCUCUUUUGCAUUGUGCAUUUUCUAUUCUCUUUCUUUCUUUUAUUCUCUAUUUGUUUUUCUUUACUUUUCCAUCGUUCUGUUUCUUUUUCUACCAACUCUGUUCUCUCGCCGAAAAUCAACAGCUUCUUUCACCCAAUCUCUUUUCUUAUUCUUCUUUCAUUGUAGUCUUUUCACGACAACUCGUUUCUCGCUCUUUGUUGCCUUCUUUCUCUCUUUCCAACUGUCAGUCUUUCUUAUCCCUCUCGCUUUCUUCCCUCUAUUUACUUGUCCUUCUAUCUUUCUCUCUCCCCCUUUCUCUGUUUUCUCGCUUUUUCUUUUCUCUCUUUUACUUCUCUUUUUCUUUUCUCUCUUUCUCUUUUCUCUCUUUUACGACUUUCUCUUUUACUGUUCUCUCUUUUUCUUUUCUUUCUUUUUCUUUUCUCUCUUUUUUUUCUCAGGGUUUCUUCUCUCUCUCUCUCUUUUUCUUUUCUCUCUUUUUCUUUUCUCUCUUUCUCUUUUCUCUCUUUUACGACUUUCUCUUUUACUGUUCUCUCUUUUUCUUUUCUUUCUUUUUCUUUUCUCUCUUUUACUUUUCUCUCUUUAUCUUGUCUUUCUUUUUUCUUUCUUUUUUCUUUCUUUUUUCUUUUCUCUCUUUUUCUUUUCUCUCUUUUACUUUUCUCACUUUUCUUUUCUCUCUUUUUCUUCACUCUCUCUUUUUCUUUUCUCUCUUUUUCUUUUCUCUCUUUUACGACUUUCUCUUUUACUGUUCUCUUUUUCUUUUCUUUCUUUUUCUUUUCUCUCUUUUACUUUUCUUGCGGUUUCUUUUCUCUCUCUUUUUCUUUUCUCUUUUCUCUCUUUUACGACACUCUCUUUUACUGUUCUCGCUUUUUCUUUUCUUUCAUUUCUCUCUUUUCCUUUUCUCUCUUUUUUCUUUCUUUUUCUUUUCUCUUUCUUUUUUCUUUUCUCGCGUUUUCUUUUCUCUCUUUUUCUUUUUUCUCUUUUUCUUGUCUUUCUUUUUUCUUUCUUUCUUUUCUGUCUUUUUCUUUUCUCUCUUUUUCUUUUCUCACUUUUCUUUUCUCUUUUUCGUCUCCCCCCUUUUGAAUACUCGACUUUCAUCCUCAAUUGA